AUCACUAAAAUAUUAGCCAUUGUCGGAAAAUUUUCUUGUGUGUACGGCUUGCUAACAGUUAGAAAAUAUAAGCCUUAAAAUAAUUGCAAUCUUAGUGAAAAAGCAAUCACAACCAAGAACAUCAAGUUUGUUCUUUCCAAUAAAUUAAUAUAAAAGCAAAAUGCGUGGUCGCGGCAACUAUAUUCCACGUGGAGGCGGAACUAUGCGCGGUGGUGGCGGUUAUUACAACAACCGCAAUUCCAGCAAUUACGUGAACACGCGUACGCAAGGAAACUAUCGUCCCAACAACGGAAGAUAUGAGAACAACUAUCAUCACAACAAUCGGUACAGUGGUGGAAACAAUAACAACUCCAACAAUGACCACUACGAUAAUCGGAACCGCGAUAAGUUUAACAACCAUCAUAACUCUAGCACCGGCGGACGCUAUGACUCAGGCUCUUCCCACAAGCGUAGCUAUGAUUCCUCACGCGAUCGUGGUGAUGACCGGAAACGUCCACGUCAAGACGAUUACCGUCGCACUUCGUCGUCAAAUGAUCACAACGAUCGCCCAUCGUCUUCAUCGCAGAAUAUGGGUUCGUCCUCGUCCAGUUACCAUCAACGGAACAGCACCGUCGGUGGUGGUGGUGGCGGUAGCUCAAGCUCGUAUAGGCCACGAGAUGAUUCUGGCAGCCAGCGGCAUCAGCGUGAUUCAUCGAUGGGUCCGCCAAAGCGGCCGCUGUUGCGCAGUGUUGCCGGCACAAGUUAUAUAUCACGGCCGCGGGGCUCAAUGUCCAUACGCGGCGGCAUGAUUCGCAGCAACAUGCGCGGCGUUGGCACCAUGAGGAUUGUGCGUCCGCGCCUCAACGAAUCGAAUGAUUUGCGCACCAUGCGCCGUCAGCUGCUCUAUGCGCAGCAGAAAGAUCGCGCUCGUCUGCUCAAGAUACAACAGUUGAAAAGCUCGUUGCGGCGCCAACGCCAGGCAGUGAACAGCAGCGAUAACUCUAGCGACGACAAUGAUGACUCUGAAAACGCUGACAAGGGGGACGAUUCUGAUAAAAAGAAGAUCAAAAGCAAUGAAGAUGGUGGCGAAGAAGACGAAGACGACAAUAAAGCUGGCGCUGAUGGAGAAGAGAAGAAGAGCGAAACGACUAAAAAGUCGCCAAGCAAGAAACGUAGCAGCAAAACGGCAACUGAAGAUGCCGAGGGCAAGUCACAUGAUGACAAGGAUAAGGACGAUGGCGAUAACCAGGAGCAAGAUGAUAACAAUGACGCGGAGAAGAAAAAAACCAAAGUUAGCACCGAUGAUGAUGAUGAUGCUCAUGAAGAGGCUGGUAAGGGCAAGACCGAUGAGUCCGGUGACAAUGCCGAUAAGCCCAAAGAAAAGGGUAAAUCCACGGGCACUGCUGAAAAGUCAACAGGUAAGAAAAAAGAGAAAGACGGCGAUGACAAGGACUCCAAGUCAAAGAAGUCGUCGUCCAGCAAGAAGGAACGCUCAUCGCGCAAGGACAAAGACGAGAGCGAUGACGAUCGCAAAGAGCGUCGUACAACCUCUCGUCAUCGUGACGAUGAACACAAUUUGCGCAAGCGCACUUUCAUUAAACUGACCUGCGUGCACUGCCGCAUCAAGUGCGUUACCUUCAAGGAAUAUCACUAUCACUUGAACUCACGCACACACAAGAAUUCGAUGCGUACCGUUGCAUUACGUCAGCGCGCAGACUUGCAGCGCAUGCGCGCCCGUCAACGCACCACACAGCGUGAAAUCGAGGAGAACAGCAAGGAAGAGUACGAGUCUCGUUAUUGUCGUCUGUGCCGUUUGGCUUAUCGUCAGCCGAAGAAUCUGCAUCAAGCCUCAGAGCAUCACAAGACGAUCAAGAAGUUCCUGAUGCCAUACUGUGGCUCCUGUCACUUGGCAUUUAAGAACGCUAUGCUUUAUGAAAACCAUCGCUGCUCGUUGGAGCACAUACGAAAUAAAGCCCGCAAUGAUGAGUCUGGCUCGGAGGACAGCGUUGAUGAGCGUGAAAUUGAUUUGAACAAAUUCCUUACCGUUGAUUCGGUAGGCGAGAUCGAUGACGAUGCCAUGGAUGCUGAUGUUGAUGCAAUGCUGCUUGAGGCUGAAACCGCGCAGAAGAGCGCUGACGAGGAGACUCGCAAACGUGGCCUGAUUGGCCUGGAUUUCAUCAAGGCUGUUGAGACCUAUUACUGCGAAUUGUGCAAUCAUUAUUCGCCCAAGCAAGGCGAUGAAACCUUAGAAACAUACUCAAAGAAGCAUUGCUUGCAGCAUUUGCAUAUUAAGAACUAUCUGCGCCAUAAAGAAGAGACAGAAAAGAAGUCUAAAUCGGACGAAGGCGAAGAUGAUGAUCCAGAGGUCGAUGAGGAGGGUAAUAAGGUACACAAGGACACUGACGAAGCUGAAGCAGAAGAAGAUAUUGAGAGGGAUGUCAAGGAUGAUGAUGAAGAAUUCGAGGGGGAAGAUGGUGAUGAAUCGCAAGAUGAUAAACUAUGGGAGGAGGUUGACAAGGAUUUGGGUGAUCUGUUGGCGGAAGUCAAACCAAUGGGUCAAGAAGAAGAGGAGGAGGAAGAUGAAUCUGUACUGAAUAUUGACAUUGAAAGUGAAAAGAACAAGCUGAAGGAUGUCAAAGAUGAAUCAAAUGGCUCCAUCACAGACGACGCUGCAAAGGAAACAAAACCAGCUGCUAAGACAGCAGACAAAAAGCCUGCUGCUGCUACUACUGCUGUAACAACACCAACAAAAUCGGCAACUGCCGCUAAGUCGGAGUCGACCACAGUUAAGAAAGCAACGCCCAAAGUGGCCGUGACUAAGGCCAACCGACCCGGCCCGGCCUCGAAGAAACGUCAGGUGUUGGUUAGCCUGAAACGCACUUCAGCAGCAGCUAUCAAGGCGGCCACCAACUCAGCAGCUGACUCCAAGUGA